AUGGCCGCGAAACAGUGUCAGGCUCUUGUUACUGAAGUCCUGAGUACAGGACUGCCGACUAUCGUUAAGAAGGCGAUUCCCGUACCUCAGCCGGCGUCCAAUCAGGCCUUGGUGAAAGUUUCAUACGUCGCCCAGAACCCGACCGACGUUCAAGCGCUUGACAGAAAUGCCUUUGGCGAAGGCGCAGUCCUUGGCUGUGACUUCGUCGGCACGGUUGAGGAAACUGGCGAUCAGGCGCGAAAGCUCAACAAAGGGGAUUUGAUAGCCGGUUUCAUCUGGGGCGGCGAGAUCAAAGGCCUCGGAGGUUACAGCGAGUACACUCUGGCGGACAACAAUAUUAGUUUCCGCCUUCCCAAGAACAUUACCCCCGAAGAAGCUGCUACACUGCCUCUGGCAUCGAUGACGGCUUGGCUUGCCCUCUUCUCCAAAGAUUGCCUGGCUAUUCCCAGAGUCAGCGGUAAAAAGGCGUCAGUUUUGAUCUGGGGUGGAAGCUCAAGCGUCGGCCUGUAUGCGAUCCAGAUCGCGGCUCUGCAUGGCUUCGAGGUGGUCACAACUUGCAGCGCCCGUCACUUUGAUCUGGUGAAGCGUCUGGGUGUUACGCACGCAUUUGACUAUCACGAUGAUGACGUUAUAGACUUUAUUAAGAAGGCGGUACCAGGUAUCAAGUAUGCAUUCGACACCAUCGGGAACAAGACUUCGUCUGGUCUAACCUCGCGGGCUAUCGACGAGGAUGGCAGUGGUUUGUGUACUGUGAGGCCGGGGAAGGCAAACAUCGACGGAGUCACAAAGCAGACAAAGGUGUCUGAUGUGUUUGUCUUCACUGCUUUCCUGAAAGAACACCGCUAUGGGAAGUUUCACUGGCCUGCACAUGAGGAGGACCACAGGCUUGGAACUGAGUUCUUUGAGAAGCUUCCUGGCUGGGUUGAGGAUGGGAAGAUUAGGCCCUCUAAGCCUACUCUUGUUCCUGGUGGUCUUGACGGCGUGAUGAAAGGAUUCCAGGAGUACCGAGAUGGAAAUGUCUCGGCUACUAAGCUCGUCUAUAAGCUGAACUAA